AUGAAGUUCGGGUGGUUAGAGGUGGCCGCUUUGGCUUCUGCCUCAGUGGCCAGUGCCAAUCCCCUGGCCUAUUCUCCCCCAUACUACCCUUCACCAUGGAUGACCGGCGAGGGCGACUGGUCUGAGGCCUACAAGCGCGCCGUUGAAUUUGUUUCCAACCUCACACUUGCCGAGAAAGUCAACUUGACAACCGGUGCUGGUUGGGAGCAAGAGCGAUGUGUCGGUGAGACUGGUGGCAUCCCCCGACUGGGAAUGUGGGGAAUGUGUAUGCAGGAUUCACCUCUGGGUGUGCGCAGCAGUGAUUACAACUCUGGGUUCCCCUCCGGUGUCAAUGUCGCCGCCACCUGGGACAAGCGCCUUGCCUACCAACGCGGUAUGGCCAUGGGUGAAGAGCACCGCGACAAGGGUGUGGAUGUGCAAUUGGGCCCUGUUGCCGGUCCAAUUGGCAAGUACCCCGACGGAGGUCGUAACUGGGAGGGUUUCGCUCCCGACCCCGUCCUCACUGGUGUGAUGAUGGCCGAGACCAUCAAGGGUAUGCAGGAUGCUGGUGUCAUUGCUUGCGCCAAGCAUUACAUUGGAAACGAGCAGGAGCACUUCCGUCAGUCUGGCGAGGCCCAGGGCUACGGAUACAACAUCAGCCAGAGUAUUAGCUCCAACAUCGACGACAAGACUAUGCACGAGCUCUACCUGUGGCCCUUUGUUGAUGCCAUCCGUGCUGGUGUUGGCUCUAUCAUGUGUUCUUAUAACCAGGUCAACAACAGCUACGGCUGUGCCAACAGUUACACGCUGAACAAGCUCCUCAAGGGUGAGCUCGGCUUCCAGGGCUUUGUCAUGAGUGACUGGGGUGCGCACCACAGCGGUGUUGAGUCAGCUCUGGCCGGUCUGGAUAUGUCCAUGCCCGGUGAUGUUUACCUCGGUAGCCCUUACUCCUACUGGGGUACCAACCUGACUAUCUCCGUUCUGAACGGCACCGUUCCUGAAUGGCGUGUUGAUGACAUGGCCGUCCGUAUCAUGGCUGCCUACUACAAGGUUGGCCGUGACCGCUUCCGUACUCCUCCCAACUUCAGCUCCUGGACUCGCGAUGAGUAUGGCUUCGAACACUUCAUGGUCAGCGAGAACUACGUCAAGCUCAACGAGCGUGUCAACGUUCAGCGUGAUCACGCCCAGGUCAUUCGCAAGAUUGGUUCCGACAGCACUGUUCUUCUCAAGAACAAGCGUGGUGCUUUGCCUCUGACACACGAUGAGAAGUUCAUCGCCAUUCUGGGAGAGGAUGCUGGCUCCAACGCUUACGGUGCCAAUGGCUGCAGCGACCGUGGCUGUGAUAACGGAACUCUGGCCAUGGGCUGGGGUAGUGGAACUGCCAACUUCCCUUACCUGAUCACUCCCGAGCAGGCUAUCCAGAACGAAGUGCUUGACUACAGUAACGGCCAGACUAAUGUAUUUGCCGUCACUGAUAACUGGGCUCUCACUGAGAUGGCUGCACUUGCUUCCCAGGCUUCAGUUGCUCUCGUUUUCGUCAACGCUGACUCCGGCGAGGGCUACAUCAACGUCGAUGGCAAUGAGGGUGACCGCAAGAACCUUACCUUGUGGAAGAACGGCGAGGAGGUUAUCAAGACCGCUACUCAGAAUUGCAACAACACCAUUGUUGUCAUUCACAGCACUGCCGCUGUCCUGAUCAGCGACUGGUAUGACAAUGAUAACGUCACUGCCAUCCUCUGGGCUGGUUUGCCCGGUCAGGAGUCUGGCCGCAGUCUGGUUGAUGUUCUUUACGGCCGCAUCAACCCCGGUGGUAAGACUCCCUUCACCUGGGGUAAGACUCGCAAGGACUACGGCCCUGCUAUCCUCACCGUUCCCAACAACGGUGACGGCGCUCCCCAGGACAACUUCGACGAUGGUGUCUUCAUCGAUUACCGUCGUUUCGACAAGGACAACACUGAGCCCAUCUAUGAGUUCGGCUAUGGUCUGAGCUACACCAGCUUCGAGUUCUCCGACCUGAAGGUCACCCCAUUGACUCCCACCCCAUACAACCCCACUACCGGCAAGAGCGACAAGGCCCCUGUCCUCGGCGAGGCUGAAAAGGCCUCUGACAACCUCUACCCCGAGGGCCUCCACCGUGUCACCCAGUACCUCUACCCCUGGUUGAACUCCACCGAUCUCCGUGCCUCAUCCGGCGACCCCGACUACGGCAUGGACUCCAAGGACUACCUUCCCGAGGGUGCCACUGAUGGCUCUCCCCAAGAUCUCCUUCCCGCCAGCGGCCAGGACGGUGGUAACCCAGGUCUCUUCGAGGAUCUCUUCCAGGUGACCGCCACAAUCACCAACACCGGUUCCGUCACCGGUGACGAGGUUCCUCAGCUCUACGUCUCCCUCGGCGGCGAGGGCGACCCCGCCAAGGUCCUGCGCCAGUUUGACCGAGUCACCAUUGCCCCUGGCCAGCUUGUGCAGUGGACCACGACUUUGACUCGCCGCGAUCUGUCCAACUGGGACGUCACCUCCCAGAACUGGGUCAUCUCCGACGCCCAGAAGAAGGUGCAUGUCGGUAACUCGUCCCGUAAGCUGCCUCUCUCGGCCGCGCUGCCCUCCGUGCAGUAA